AUGAAUAGAGAUCUCGUCCAUAUUGGUGCUGUGCUGGUAAUUGGCACCACUGUCACCUAUAUCUUCACUCAAUGUACAACUUGCUCCGCCAGAAACGGCAUGACCCCAGCCCCUCCAAUGCAUACCGUUGGACAAAACAACAAUAUGUCCAGACUGGGUCCCAUGCUUUGGCUUCCGGUAUUUUCAACGAUGUUGGCGGCAAUCAGUAUAAUUUCAACACCAUCAACAUCAUUAAUUGCUCGUGUCAAGCCAAACUGCCCCCCCGCUUGUGACUUCUGA